AUGGAAAAGGGAAAGUGUAAAGCCCUAAUAUAUCAUUUUACCAAUUCCUUCCAUUCGGUUGUUCCCCGUCCAUCCGCUUCGCCGUUGCCGCCGCCGGCGUAGAGUUGCAACGCCGUCGUCGUUGGAUUGUUGUUGUUGGACCACUGUUUUGUAGCGUCAUUUAAUUCUCGGCCAUUGGAAUGACUUCUCGUCAAAUUUGGCUGUGAGCUGGAAUGGCGGUCAUCUGAGCUUCGCCAGAAGCGUGGUGAAUAUUUUCAAACACAGGCACCGCUUGCAUGCAAUAGCAUAUUUUGGUCCAAGAAUUCAACAGUUUUCAAAAUGCAACCACGAACCAACGAGGCACCUAAGAGGUCCAGAAAUCUUCAGGCGGAGGGUCCAAACUGGAUCCUCAUUGCAGGGGGUGCUCUGUUGAGUACACUGUCAUUUCGCCUGGGUUAUAAACUUAAGCAGGUGUUUGAUUCUAAACAACAGGACAACAGCAGUCAAAGUCUAAGAGUAAAUAAAAAAUCUGCUGAUCAGAAGAAGUCGGGGAACUGCCAUUUGCAUUCAGAUGGCUUUUGCUUUACCCAAAAUGAAGAUGGUUUCCGUAGUCAUUAUACAGGAUCCAGGAAUGUUGUAGAAAUCAAACAGCACUGCAACGGACAAAUGGCAUCGGAACCUGAAAUGGUUCUUCCCCUGGUGACUGUUCCCAAUCCCGACUUCAAAAAAGAGAAUGGUGUGAUGUGGUCAUCUUCUCCUGAUCGCCUCGAGCUGCCACAAAAACCCUUUCACCAGUCAAACAGCUCCGACUCUCCAUGUGUUUCGGAAUCAGGCUCUGACAUUUUCAGCAAGAGAGAAUUCAUACAAAAGUUGAGGCAGCAAUUGAAGAGAAGGGAUGACAUGAUCCUGGAAAUGCAAGAUCAAAUUGCCGAACUCCAAAACUCUCUCAGCAACCAGCUUUCUCACUCCACCCAUCUUCAAUCUCUACUUGACGCAACAAACCGGGAUUUGUUUGAUUCAGAGCGAGAAAUUCAGAGAUUAAGAAAGGCAAUUGCAGAUCAUUGCGUGGGGCAUAUUAACUCAAGUGAGAAGCUUCCAACAGUUCCUGUCUGGUCUGCUGAGGGGAUGAAUGGUCAUGCAAAUGGAUACCCAGAACUUGAAAGGUUCGAACCUUCCGAAAAAGCGAGAGGAGAAAAGAUCGAGCAGUUGAAAAGAGAAGUUAGCGAGUUGAAAGAACUGAUUCAAGGAAAAGAUUACCUGCUGCAGAGCUACAAGGAGCAGAAGUCUGAGCUUUCAGUAAAAGUAAAGGAGUUGCAACAAAGAUUGGACUCCCAGCUUCCGAAUAUUUUGUAGGCAGAUUGAACUCCUUGUGCAUUCUGGUGCGGUCUUGGGUCUUUCGUUCCACAAUUCUCUUCUCAUUUGAAGUGGUCAAUUUUGGUAAAUCCCCUUCUCUUCUUUAUUGUUUCUUUUCUAUGUGUGCAUAUGCUAAAAGACACCGUGAGAUGAUGUUCUUGCUAUAUAUUUUUCGAUGCAAGUAAAGCAGCAUGGCUUCUUUUUUUUUAUUUUUUUUAAUGUUUGGACAUGUCGAAUAUGUGAACUCUCGUUUGGCUCUUGGCAGAGCGUUGCUGUUAAGGCUUGCCCCAUGCUCUGUUCUUUUUAA